UUUUUUUUUUCCUUCUUUUACUCUUUUUAUAUACAACAUGUCUGCUGCUGCUGCCAACACUGCUAAGAAAUCUUUCUGGUCUAUCUGGUAUAAACACGAAAUCAUCCCCAUCUAUGUCACCAUGGGUGCUGCUGUUGGUCUUGCUGGUUGGUAUUUGACCCGAUUGGCUCGUGGUCCUGAUGUUGUAUGGGAUCGUACCAACAAUCCUUUCCCCUGGAGAAACAUUGAUCAAGAUACUCAAAUCAAGUUGAUGACCGUCAACCAAAAGUUCUCCAAGACUUACUCUCGUGAUCGCCUUUAAAUCAUCAAUGACAAAAACUUCGACGAUAAACGAUAGACAAUUUCUCCUCCUAUUUUCAUCCAUCUUGUAUCAUCCUAUUACUAUUAUAGCCACAACUCCUCCUUUUUUUCUUUCCUAUACCGGCAUUUUUUCUGUUUAGAUUAAAUCUAUCGAAAUAAAAAAUCUUGUUUUGUUUUUUUGUUCAAAGAAAAAAAA